UUCUUCCAGACCUGGUGCUGACUCUCCCCACAGCAGGACACACAGGACCCGAGAGACCUGGAAAUCACAAACAUACACAAGGACUGAAAGAAAAAGUUCCAAACUUAAAGAGGAUUCAAACUGAGGACGCUGAGGAAACUUGUUUGACAGGUUUUUGUUUUGUUUUUUUUGUGUGUGUGAUUUCGUUGUCAGUUUAGACAACAACACGUUGUUAUUUACGUUUCCUGGCGAGUGUGUUUAACUGUUCAAAUGGCAAACCUUAGUGCAUCUCAAUCAAUCCAAAAUGAAAUUGAAAAUUGUGAAGCCAUAAAUGACCCACUGUAUAAGUUCUAUGCAGCGGUCACCAUCGUGAUUUUCAUCUUGGCUUUGCCUCUGAACGCAUCAGUCCUUCACCUUUUUAUAUUCAAGCUGAAGUUCUGGAAAUCCAACUCCAACAAUGUGUUCCUUUUCAACCUGGUGCUGGCCGACAUCCUCCUGCUCUUCUGUUUGCCCAUAAAGGCACACAACUUCAUCCAGGGAGAGAGGAGGAGUAAGAACGACACAGUUUGCAAAGCUAUGCUCUUCAUGUUGUUUUUAAAUCGAGGAGCCAGCAUCGCCUUCCUGACCGUGACGUCCAUCGAUCGAUAUUUUAAUGUGGUGCACCCUGGUCGAAAGAAUCUCCUGCGAGCUCUCAAGAAAUCUCCUCAGAUCUCUAUCAUCAUCUGGCUGCUGCUCCUUCCUCUCACCAUUCCCACCAUGCUCAAGACCUUUGAAUGCUGCAACAGCCACGGAAACGACCAAGAGGAUACAGUGAAACGUGAUGCUGUGAUAAAGGAUGUGGUGGACAGUUUGAGAGAGGUGGUCUUCUUCACUCAGAUCCUCAUCCCCUUUGUGAUCCUGGUCUACUGCACGGUGCGCAUCGUCAACCGGCUCAGGAAAAAAACCGUUGGGGACAGGACGAAGCUGAAGAGAGCAGUUUUCCUGGUGACCACCGUCAUGGUGGUCUUCUCCCUCUGCUUCCUCCCCUGCACCAUAGCCAGGAUGGUUCUGCUGAUCAUCCGGGUCCAAGAAUUUAGUCCCAGCCACCAAGCUAAAGCUGCUGAGGCCUUCGACGGCCUCAUGGUCCUCUCCUACAUGGACUGUCUACUGGAUCCACUGGUCUACUGCUUCUGCAGCACCAAGUUUAAAGCUCUUUAUCUCUCCAAUUAUUUCCCAUUCUUAAUGAAGGGGAAUCCGCAGCCGGUAGAGAGCUCGACAGCAAACACAUCACAUCCCCCACGCAACACCGUCAUCUGAAGCUGAUGGAAACAGAGGAUGGAUGGCUGUGGUACAGAGUGUUGUUUUUCUUUGUGGUGACACAGAAACCCAGCGGGAUACUACCUGAGACUGAGAGUCUGCCCUGAAAAUGUACUAACUUUAUGUAACAGGGACUCUGAAGGUGAAGUGCACUAUGAAGACAAGACAUACAGUAAUUUAUAUUUCUAUUUUCAUAUGACUGCUUAAUAGAAAUACUCAGAGGUACAGAACAGAUGGGACUGUUAUGGUUCUUCUAACGUGUGUCAUGUGCUCUUGUAGAUAUUCGACAGGUGAAAGAGUCUCCUUGUUGGUCUGGAAUACAUUAAUGUUGGUGGAUUUAGUUCAAACAUACUGUUUAUUUUCUCUCUUUCUUUUUUUUUUUUUUUUUUUUUUUGAGGAAUGCCUCCGAGCUUAAGUAUGCACAUCUGUUUUUCUGUUUGGCCCGGACAGAGAAAUGAGAAGUUAUGACCAUGAAAAAAAAUUCCUCUCAAGCACAGGAAUCUUAUGUGUUAGAUUGUACCAAUCUCACACUGCCUUUAUCUCACUUUCCACACUCAAACAAACAUUAGUGGUUUUAAUUCCGUCAAUCAAAAGCUCAGAGAAUGUUUGAAUACAUUUUCUUUGAAGCUGUGCUGAGAAAAUCUAAAGCGAGAUGCCUGAAAGGAAAAAAAAAUGUUUUCUUGAAAUAAUAAAUAGUGUUCACUAGCAUGAAUUCCUUGGUUACAAGAAUCAAAUGUGUGCAUGUAACUGACCCAGAGUCAGUCCCCUGUUAGAUAAGAGUUAAUCCUAAAGGCCUAAUGCAGAAUCUAAUACAGAACAGCUGAACUGUUUAUACUGUAUAUACAGGGAGAAAUGGGUGUUUUUAUACUGUAAAUAUUUUAUAUCUGGGAUAAUUUCUUGUAAAUUAAUUUGUAAUAAAAAUGUAAAUGAACUGUG